AUGGUAGAUAAUCCCCAGGACUCCAUAUGUCCUGUAAGGCCUUCCGUGAAUCUAAGAGUAAAAUUGUUCCGGGUCGGCCGUGUCAGCGCGAACAAGAACUCCAACGAGUUCGAAGAUGUCUUCUUCAGUGUUUCCUGGCUCGUCUGGGCCACCAUCCAGUCGGCCCCCUCCCUCUUCAACCAAGAUGACUCGUAUCUUGGUUCGGAGCCUUCGUGA